CGCACGUUGAGUCUGACGCAGAAGCGGAAGUGUUUUGACGCACCUGCCGGAGCGAAGGACAGAUGUUCGAGCAGUGGAACCAGUAGAGACGCUGCAGCUCCUCCAUGCUCACCACACAGGAAGUGAUGUCACUGUGCUGCCAGUAGCGUUCGGAGCUCAGGAUGCAGCUCCUGGUGGUGAAGCUGCUGGGUCUGGUAGGCCUGUCUGCGCUGAUGCUGUCCGGCAUCCUGGUGCCGGUGCGCCUCCUGCUGGCCGAUAGCGAGAAGGCGGGGCGCUACCACCGGGGUCUGGCGCUUGGCAACUGCUUCGGAGGAGGCGUGUUCCUGGCAACGUGCUUCAACGCUCUGCUGCCUGCUGUCAGAGACAAGGCGGCCGGCGUCCUGCAGCAGCUGCAGGUCAGCGGCGACUACCCGCUGGCUGAGACCAUGAUGAUGGUGGGCUUCUUCAUCACGCUGUUUGUAGAGCAGGCCGUCCUGACCUUCAGGAAGGAGAGGCCGUCCUUCAUCGCCCUGGAGACGUUCAAUGCCGGCGGCUCGGAGCCAGGCAGCGACUCGGAGAACGACGCCCCCUUCCUGGGCGGCGGCCAUCGCCACGGUCGCUGUGGACCGAGCCAGCUGGCGGGGGCGGGGCCUCUGCGGCUGGCCGGCCUGGUUCUGGCGCUGUCGGCCCACUCGCUGUUCGAGGGCGUGGCGCUGGGCCUGCAGGAGGACGGAGCCAAGCUGGGCGGCCUGCUGCUGGGCGUGGCCGUCCACGAGACGCUGGCCGCCACUGCGCUGGGCGUCAGCGUGGCCAAGGCGGCGCUCGGCAUGAAGGACGCCGCCAAGCUGGCUGCUGCCGUCGCCAUGACGAUCCCGCUGGGCGCGGCGGCAGGAAUGGCCGUGGAGGCGGCGCAGACUCUGGCGGCCGGCGUGGCGUCGCUGCUGCUGCAGGGCCUCGCCGCCGGGACCUUCCUGUUUGUCACCUUCAUGGAGGUCCUGAGUCCAGAGCUGGAGCAGAGGAACGACCGCCUGCUCAAGGUGCUGUGCCUCCUCCUGGGCUACGCCGCGCUCGCCGCGCUGCUGCUCAUCAGGUGGUGACGACAGGGGCGGGGCCCUCAGGACGGGGCCCUCAGGACGGGGCCCUCAGGACGGGGCCCUCAGGACGGGGCGGGGCCUCUCUGCUCUCUCCAAUCGCUGCAGAGAGCAGAACCUACAUCUUGAAUAAGAGACUUAAAGAGGGAACCUCUGUUCCUGACCUUUGACCCCUGACCAUACAACCUGCAGGUGUUUGCCGCUCUUCUUGCUGUAUUGCUUCCUCCUGCAGGGGGCGCUGGGCGGUGAACCCCGAGAUGUUCUGCUGUUCAUAUAAUGUUCUGGUUCUGAUCGGACCUGGUCACCAGAACUGGUUUUAACAGUUUAAUUGAAUGUUUGACCCUGAACCUCGUCUGGCAGGCUCAGAACCGUCCUGCAGGUUCUGACCAGAAUGGAUCAGAACCUGUUCCAUACCUGAACCAGAACCUGAACAUAGCCACUGAGGAUCCCUCACCAUCAGAACCAGGACCUGCAUCCUCUGUGACAUCACUUCUGGUUGUCCCUCCUGUAGUUCUGCUUGGGUUCUGAUCAGUGCUGAUUUGUGUUGUGUGAAGUAAUUGGAUCAGAACCAGACUGUGCGAUCUGUCAGAACCAGGCGGUCCAGUCAGAUUCUGUUGUACCCAGAGAUGAUCUGCGGUCAUGUUUGCAUAACAAUCUGUUGAAGUUUUUCAGAUUAAAGUUUGUUUUAUGUGUUUUAACAGAACUGAAUUGAUUUAAUUAAAGGGCCAGUAUCGCGUAAAAUCAAAUGUUUUUAAUAUUUUUAUUGUUAUGUUGCUUUGAUUCUUUCAUGUUUGAGGAAUCUUUUAAUCUCCAUGGCAACCGUCCAGCUGUUAAAACGCCUGGUUGGACCGAGCCUUGCCUUCAAGGUGAAGCUCCUUCAGACUAGCCAGCAGCAAUUAGCAAACAGCUGCUGAGCUCAUUAUAGCAGCUGCAGCUCAGAGCAGCGCUGGCAGAAACGUUAAAGGGUUAAUAGAGGAGCCAUGUUGGAUGACUUCCUGGAGGCGGAGCUUCAGAAAGAGACAGAGGCCCAAAUUCAAGAUUUAGUAAAAGUCAAAUUUUACAUAUACGUCAUUUUUAUAACAAUUGGAGAUAACAGUCCUUAUUAAGCUGUGUCAGCAUGAUGCUGGGUUAACUGUUAACUGGGUGAGCAGGUCCAGUUCCUCUGAGCUUCACUGUUUAUCCAGCAGAACCCAGACCAGCCGUUUCUGCUUCUCUUCAAAUAAACUGUAAGAACAAAA